AUGCCCAAGAGAAUUCGCGAACCCCAAGACACUGGUGAAAAGACACAGCCGCCUGUGCGCAGAGCCACCGAACGUUCCCACUCCGAGAAUCAGGAACGCGCAUACAUUGCCGCCUCGAGGCGCGCAGAUCGGAGCAUCGAGGCACGGGUUCAGUCAGCCCGCAAUGCCAGCGAGAUCCACAAGAAGAGAACGGGCAAGGCCUUUCGCAUCACCGAGGAGAUCGUCAUGAAGGAGGAAAUGUACGAGGAAGAGGACGACGAAUUCCCCCGCUCCUACCGGCUCCUCAACCCACACAUGCAAACCGCCAACCCAGAGCUCAAUGCUAGAGUCGACGCGUAUCUGAGUAACAAGGUUGCUAUGUCGACGCUGAUCACUGCUACUGAAAACGACUGGCGCAACAACGAGAUCAACACAACAUUUGACCAAUUCUUCCCCAACGUCCAGAGUCGGGCCAGGGCUGCUUCUCAGUGGUCCACCAGUCAGGGCUUCUUACCGCAGACGCUUCACUCGCCCGUUGCGACUCCACGAGUUCUAAGUGUUGGCGAGCAGCAUUUCAACAUGCAGUUCCAUCCCGUCAACUACGGGCACCCAAACAACGGACAACAAAACAACGGAAAGCCAAACAACGGGCAACAAAACAACGGACAGCCAAAGAGUAGACAACCAAGCAGCGGGCAACAAAACAAUGGACAGCAAAACAAUGAGAGACAUCUAUCCACAGCUAGCUUACCGGUAUCCCCUACCGAGGACAGGAACAACGUCCCCAUGUCACCCCCAGCUCUCACUCCUGGGUCCAUGUCCCAUCCAGAAACACCUCGGUCUCGCCACGGGUCGGCAUUUGUAGCCACACAAUCCCAAUCUUACAAUACUAGGGGUUUCGACUCGGAGAGUUCGUCGUUUACUUCACAGCUACCUCCUGAAGCGAGGAUGUUUUUGGGUGGCGUUGGUCUCGGCAAUCCCUAUGGCCCCAUGUACCAUGAGCCUCAAAUGUGGCCAGCCCAGAGUUUCAGCUUGGAUGCUGGCGCAGAUCCUACCCAGUUCUUUGGUUAUACCCCUGAUACCAAGCCCCUUAAGGAGGGUGAGACCACGGAGGCUUCUGGGGGCGAGCAAUACCCAGACCCUUUCACGAUCAUGAACUGGAAUGGUCAAAACGAAUCUGACUCUCCAGCUCAGAACGUGAGCUGGAACAACCAAGGCGACAGCCAACGCGAAUCUGACUCUCCGGCUAAGAAGACGGGCUUGAACAACCAAGGCGACAACCAAGGCGACAAGCAAGACGAAUCUGACUCCCAAGCUAAGAACGUCCUCGAAGAAUGGGAGACGUACAUUGAUGAUAGCGCCUUCAGCAGCAGCCAGAAAUGAUUCUUCGUCCAUUAAUUUCGACCGAGUCUUUCAUACUAUUGAUGAUUUAACGACACUUGUUUCGGACUGAGCGUGGUGCGCAACAAACACAAGGUUGCGAUGCAUACACACUCACCUUUCUCAAAGCCGACCAUGGUGCACCAGGCGUUGGGGACAGUCACUUAGGAUACCAAGGGAAAACAUACGGAUAGGGAGGCUUUGGCUGCAUUUAUUAGAAGUGCCAAAAGGCUUCCAUGGACAUGGAGUCGGCGUACACGUUUGCUUUGCAUUUUGUCGGACAUAUUUCUUGGUACUAGAGGUUGCGAGCUGAGGACGAUGCUACGGCAUGGUGUGUUCAGGGGUUGCCGUUCUCCUCCAUCCUUUUUUUGUUAUUGUUGUUGCUGUUGUCCUGCACAACCAGGACAUACAUUUUUGGGGUCUUGUCAUGCAUUCAUGAUACCUAGGGCACACUACAUGGGAAAACUGAUGGAGUAGAGGCAUUCAUCACAUGUGGCAUUCAUACAAGAAGGUCAGGAGGCGAUGAUAGGUAGGCGUUGCGGAAUAACAGUACACGCCAAGCAAAAACAAAAUAAUAGUAAAAUUUACUG